AGCAGCCUCUAAGCAGAUUAACGUUCCUAAUGGGCUUGGGGAAGGUCAGAGGUUUUUACUUUGGGACUAACACUGAACGGAGCAAAGGGGCACUGCUGUGAGAGCAGCGGGACGGGGAGGACCAUUCCUGAAGGGUUCCUAUUACUGGCCAUGGGAAACAACAACAGCUCCACGGUGGACGACCUGCAGGCGGUGGAGAUCCACCAUUGGUACAAGAAGUUCAUGACGGAGUGUCCCUCCGGGCAGCUGACAGAGCACGAGUUCAAGCAGUUCUUCGGGCUGCGGGGCUUGGACCCCCAGGCCAACGAGUACAUCGAGCAGAUGUUCCGUACCUUCGACAUGAACAAGGAUGGGUACAUCGACUUCAUGGAGUACGUGGCAGCCCUCAGCCUGGUGCUGCGUGGGAAGAUGGAGCAGAAGCUGCGCUGGUACUUCAAGCUGUACGACGUGGAUGGGAACGGCUGCAUCGACCGCCACGAGCUGCUCAACAUCAUCAAGGUGAGUCCCCAGCAUGUGGUCCUGGAACGGCCCCAGGGAUGGGGACUCCCCACUGCCCUGGGCAGCUGUGCAGUGCUGACCACUCUUUGCAGCACAGAUUGUUCCCAGCCUCCAACCCGAUCCUCCCCAUUGCACCCUGAGCCCAUCCCCUGCCAUCCCACCCCCAUUCCCUGGGAGCAGAGGCUGAGAACACAACCUCCAUUCAGGAGCUGCAAAGAGGAGGAGCAGAUUUAGGGAAUGUCCUCCAUCGUUCCCUUCUUUUAGGGUCAGCCCCUCGAUGUCCACACCAUGAGCCUGGUCUGCUGACUGGCUUUGAGGAUGGGGGUCUGUCCUGGGGAGGACAACAGCAAUGGCAUCAUGGCAGCAAUCAGAGGGUCUCCAUUUGGUCUCUUUUGUUUGAGCUUAAAAAGAUGCUGAACUAAUAAAGGAUGAUGAACCAAUACAACUAAUACUCUUCUUGGAGUUAAAAUUGGCUAAUUUGCUAAUUACAAUAAAUAAGCAUUACAGGCAAGACAAUGUCAGGCAACGGCUCCUACAAAGACUGAAAGAGCAAAAGAAGCUAAAGUACAGAAAAUGUGGCCGUUCCACCAGGUGAUAUUCCCAGAGCUUCACAGUGGAGGCACUUCUUUCCCCCUCUUUUCCCCUCUUUUGCCCCAUAUUCAAGAGUUUUCUUUUCCCUUCUUUUCCCAUUUCCCAUGGUCUUUCCCUGUUUUCUCUGAAUUUCACUUGAUUUUCCCUAGUUUCCCUUUGCAUUCCCUUGUUUUUGCCUAUUUUUAUCCAUUUCCAUUAUUUCCUCUCUUUUUUUUCCUUGUUUUCCACCACUUUCCACCUUCCCCCCUUAUUUUCUCUGUUCACCAUUCUUUUCCCAGUUUUCCAUUGUUUUCCCUUAUUUUCCAACCACCUCCU